UUUCUUUGGGAAAUGUUUCCUUUAAUGGCAUAUGGAUGUUAUGUUUUAAAAAUAAACAAAAUUUUUUUAAUGCAGUGAAAAUUUUAAAAGGAUAGGUUUUCAAAUGACCCUAGACAAAGGGAAAUCUCUGUCUUCCAAUAUUUACUGACCUUUUGCUGCUCGGUUGAGGGCUGCUGGGAGUGGGAAGGGCCAGGGCUGCUGGGUCUAAAUCAACCUACCAUACAAAGAAGGGAAAAGUCCAUUCAUUUGCUCUUUAACCCAAUUAGCAAAUCUUGGUUGAGUCCUACUGUAUGCAACAGGGCUGGGUAUUAGUGUCCUUGGAACUGGAGUUUCCCCAAAUGAAAGAGAAAGCGCCUGACCCUGUACCCUCUAACCCGGCCUUCCAGAUCACCCUCUACGAGGGUAAGCACUUCACAGGGUGGAAGCUAGAGGUUUUUGGGGGCUGCGACAACUUCCAGGACCGAGGCUUUAUGAAUCGGGUGAAUUCCAUCCGAGUGGAGAGCGGGGCCUGGGUUUGCUUUGAGCACCCUGAUUUCCGGGGCCAGCAGUUCAUCCUGGAGCAUGGCGACUACCCCGACUUCUUCCGUUGGAAUGGCCACAAUGACCACAUGAGCUCCUGUCGGCCUGUAGGAAUGGUGAGUGGUCCAUUCACCUUGGGGGGACUUCCUGCCGAAGUGACGGGGGUGGGGUGGUCAGGCCUGGUUAGACAUGGGGACAAAUAA